GGAGGGAGUUGCUGAAUUAAGGAAGCCCGCGACGAGAGAGGGAAGGGGAAAGUGGCGGAGCGGUGAAGUGAGAUUCCGAAUUGCUUCGAGAGCAAGGAAGCGCCGCAGAAGAAGAGCAGGCAGUCGAGAUGAGAUAGAGAAGGGAAGGGAGGAGUGCGAGCGUGGAUUGGAGUGCAGAGGGUCAGGAAGAGUGUAGAGCCCGGGGGCGAGGAAGAAGGUGGAAAUUUGGUCUUGGGUGUUGGUAGUGGUGUUGGUGGUGGUGGACAUAGAUACUCAGAGACCCAGACUCCGACAGACUCGAUUCCUUCUUCAAGGAUUGACUGAUUGAUUGAAUGAAUGAUUGAUUCGUUGAUCGAUUGAUUUGCUUGCGGCCAUCGACGUUCAUCUCGACUCACACGCGCGAACUAAAGAAGAUCUCGAGGGGCGAGACCCGCGCGCUCGGAUUGGCGACAUCGAAGGAAGGAAAGAGGAAAGGCUCGGAGGGGAGAGGAAUCCAUCCGUCGUGCAGAAUGGGAGAGAGCGAGUUUCAAUUCAAGCAGACGACGAACCUCGAGAGCAGGCAAGCGGAGUCGGCGAGGAUACUGGAGAAGUACCCCGACAGAGUGCCGGUCAUAGUGAAGAGAGCGGACAAGAGCAGCAUCCCCGACAUCGACAAGAAGAAGUUUCUGGUGCCGGUGGAUUUGGCCGUGGGGCAGUUCGUGUUCGUCAUCCGCAAGAGGAUGAAGCUGACGCCGGAGAAGGCGAUUUUCGUCUUCGUCAAGGACGUCUUGCCUCCGACCUCGGCCAUGAUGGCCCAAAUCUACGACGAGUACAAAGACCAGGACGGGUUUCUGUACAUGACCUACAGCGGAGAGAACACCUUCGGAUCCUCGCACGAUGACGAGGUCGCCCUCGUUGGCUGAAGCCGUCGUCCUGUAUAUAGCUAGUACAUACACAUCCGAUGACCUCGAUCGAUGCUUCCCGAGAGCUCGCGGACCGCCCAAGGAUUCGCUUCUCUUUCUCCGCUCCCUUGUACAUUGUGUGUAUAGAUAGCCAUCGAUAGAUAGAUCGAUCACCGUAGGCGCCUUAGGGUUUGGAACACGGAGGCUCAGGUCUCUCCGCUGCGACACACGACCAUGUGAAGAUGAAGAUGAAGAAGAAGAAGAAGACGACGACGACGCCGAGAAAGGCCGAGGAAGGGCGAGUCCUGCGCGUUUGCCGACCGAGAAUGGUGCUGCAGCGGAUGGGAAUUCGUAGUGAAUGACAUCACGAGGCGAGACGAGAGGCCGCCUGAACUUCUGUGAAUCUUGUGAAAAGCCUUAGAGUAGAAAGACGAGAGGCUAGAGGUGCGAAAGUGAAUCUCAGUAAUUAACUUUCCUGCACGAAUCAGGAAAUGAAAAUGGUCGCCACCCUCCCCCUAUCUUUCACCAGCAGAGCAGAUCGACAUCUGCUCAUCUUUUCAAAUUCCUCUCGGAUGAGAUGACUGGAUAAUAAUGGACAGCCGCUGCUCUGAUCUCUCUGCCCAACUGUGGAAAGAGUGCGAGUAGAGAGAGCUGAGAGGUGCGAAAGAAAUGUACUCGUGAAGAUCUCUGUUUAGAGACGGGAUUAAGUUCAAUACUUUCAGGGCACUUGUGUGCGUCCGCAUGU